AUGAAGCCGUUUGUGGUUGUUCUCCCUCUUCUCGUCGCUGCCGCUUCGGCUGAACAUGAUUUGGAGGAGCUGGAGCGUGUCCUGAGCCGUUUGGACCGUAGCGUUCAAGUCAACUUGAACAUCAACCUGCACUCCGCGCUACCCUCAUUGCCCGACAUUCUGGGCCUUCGCGAAGACGAGCCGCAUUUUGACGAAGAAAAUAUGCCGAGAUCACGAUAUGCCCGGCCUGCGUAUGGAACUAGGUAAAAGUUCCUUAUUUUGGCCACAACUUAUAACUUUGCGGAAACUGGUCGGAAUUAGCCCAAAUUUAGCGUGCACGCUCAGUUUAUCGUUGUCAAUGCCCGGACAGUGGAUUUAGUUAGUGAGGUACCUUCUUUUUUACGUACCACCUUACCCUUCAAAAACAGCUGCAGCCUGUGAUUUUACACUUUAUACGUUGAAACAUGUCCGGAAAUAAACUUAUUGCCUCCGUAUGGAACUAAAUGAGUCGUCACAGCCUUCGUAGGUACCCUUAAAACUAUAGAGCUAUUAUAGUAAUUCAGUGCCAGCUAGGUCGAAGCGUUUUUUUCCUAACUUUAGUGCCCAAGCUUGGGCGCAGUUCGCGGAGUACCUUUGUUGUGGCCAAAAUAAGGAACUUUUUCCGGCCGGUUGCGUAUAUCCCAUCACCACCGAAAGGACAGGUAGUGCUUCCUAACAUUACCUUUGAGGAUUUGAAUAAUCUGAGUAAGUCUGAUUUCUGGGGGUUUUAUGUUGAAAUAGUUUUUUAUUUGUUACCAAAAUAUUUUUGAACAGCCUUUUAAACUUUGUAUUGUACCAAAUCACCGGUUCCUCACCUUUUCAGCCCUCGGAAACCCUGUGUCUCGCCCAAGAAGGAACAAAGGCUACGACAACUUCUAUUUCCUUCCGUCCCGCGGAUGA